GUCCUUGCGGCGCGUCGGAUGGUGGGGCAAGAACUGAGCAAUGCCGAAGCCGCUGACGUCCGCAGCGCGCUGAGAUUCCUAGAAGCUCCACCAGAGGAGAAACCCAUCUGGGGUUCAGCGCAGCGCGGCCUCUUCUUCGUUUUCGAGGGACUGGAUCGCAGCGGCAAAUCCACGCAGAGUAAAAAGUUGGAGGAAUAUUUCUCUAAGGCAGGUCGUCCCGUGAAGUGGACGUGCUUCCCCAAUCGGAAGACGCCCAUCGGCGCGGCCAUUGACCUCUACCUCCGAAGGCAACUGGAACUUCCGGAUGAAGCGGUUCACAGGCUUUUUAGCGCCAAUCGGUGGGAGAUGGCGCAGUCUAUUGUGGAGGACCUGCGGGCGGGGACCACCAUCAUUUGCGACCGCUAUGCCUUCUCGGGAGUGGCCUACUCGGCGGCGAAAGGUCUGGACUUUUCGUGGUGUCAAGCGCCAGAUCGAGGGCUUCCCUGUCCGGAUGGCAUCUUCUUCCUGCACAUCGAUGAAAAGGUCGGUGCUGCUCGCUCCAAUUUUGGGGAUGAGCGAUACGAAAAUGCGGAGAUGCAGGCCAGAGUGCGGGGCCAAUUCAAAGAUCCUCGCCUGAGGGCGAAUGUGAAUUGGCAAGACGUGAACGGCGCACGCGACAUGGAGGUGAUCCAUGCUGAAAUCCGCUCGGCGGUGGAAGCCAUCCGACAAGAGGAUCAGGUUCAGCUCCCAUGGCAACAAUGCUCAACACCUGCACAGAGGUCCACCCCGAUGGCAAGCUCCGUUGGAACAGUGAUUCUGGUGAUUGUCGCCUCCUUGUUGGGAGUGGAGGGCACGGCGCAAGGAGCGCUGAAGCUGGACAAUUACACCUUCUCAAAGGUCACCUCUCUGCCUGGCUGGAGUUUUUUUGUGAAGUUCGACCAGUCUUACGCAUACGGGGAGAAGGAGGAUGAGUUCAAGUUGCUGUGCAAACAUGCGCACCAGGUGCCAAGCUUCAUGAUGGCUGAGGUGCCAGUGCAGGAGUACGGCGACAAAGAGAACGAUGACCUGCGGGACCAGUUCAAGUUGACCAAAGAAGACUUUCCCGCCUAUUUUCUCAUCAACGAGGCCUCACCGGCUGGGCUGCGAUACACUGGCAAUGUGAAGGCGGAUCUCCUCGUGACAUGGCUUCGGAGGCAGAAGAUUCCGAUUCCUUCGCUUGGAACCAUCGAUGAAUUGGACCAGUUGGCUCAGAAGUUCAUCAAGGAAGGGGCAGCAGAUGCAGUCCUCGAAGAAGCCAGGAAGGUGGCUGAAGACAUUCCGGACAAAAAAGCGGCCAUCUACAUCAAAAUCAUGCAGAAGAUCAAGGAGAAGGGUGAGGGCUACGUGGCGGCGGAAGUGGAACGCGUGGGGAAGAUCUCAGGCGUCUCGCUGGCGGCGGAGAAGAAGGCGGAGCUGGAGGAGAAGCUGAAGAUUUUGGAGAUCUUCUCAGCGUUCUCCGCGAAGGAGGAGCUUUGA